CAUGGCGACGUGCGCCGAUAUCCUGAGGAGCGAGUUCCCCGAGAUCGACGGACAGGUGUUUGACUACGUGACAGGCGUCCUGCACAGCGGCAGCGCCGACUUCGAGUCCGUGGACGACCUGGUGGAGGCCGUGGGGGAGCUGCUGCAGGAGGUGUCCGGGGACAGCAAGGAUGGCGCGGGCAUCCGGGCCGUGUGCCAGCGCAUGUACAACACGCUGCGCCUGGCAGAACCUCAGAGCCAAGGACACAGCCAGGUGUUAUUGGAUGCCCCCAUCCAGUUGUCUAAAAUGACUGAAAGUUAUGAUUAUGGCAAUAAGCUUCCAGGAUUGAUGAAGAGAGACCAGUCUUCGACAGUGAAUGCUAAAAAGCUAGAGAAGGCAGAGGCUCGGCUCAAGGCAAAACAGGAGAAGCGGACAGAGAAGGACACCCUCAAGACAGCUAGUCCUCUAGUCUUAGAGGAGGCUUCGGCCAGCCAAGCUGGGAGUAAGAAGGAGAGUCGCCUGGAAUCGUCUGGCAAGAACAAAUCCUACGAUGUGCGGAUUGAGAACUUUGAUGUCUCUUUUGGCGAGCGGGUUCUCUUGACUGGUGCAGAUGUGAACCUAGCAUGGGGCCGACGCUAUGGACUAGUUGGACGGAAUGGGCUAGGCAAGACAACGUUGCUAAAGAUGCUGGCUACGCGAAGCCUUCGAGUUCCUGCCCAUAUCUCCCUCCUACAUGUGGAGCAAGAGGUGGCAGGGGAUGACACUCCAGCCUUGCAGAGUGUGCUGGAGAGUGACACCUUCCGAGAAGGGCUGCUACAGCGGGAGCGGGAGCUCAGCACCAAGAUUGCUGCUGGCCGAGCGGAGGGCCCAGAGGCUGCCCAGCUUGCUGAGAUCUAUGCCAAGCUUGAAGAGAUUGAGGCUGACAAAGCUCCUGCCAGGGCAUCUGUUAUUCUUGCUGGACUUGGCUUCAAUGCAAAGAUGCAGCAGCAGCCCACUCGGGAGUUCUCUGGUGGCUGGAGAAUGCGGCUAGCCCUGGCCAGGGCCCUAUUUGCCCGGCCUGAUCUGCUUCUGCUGGAUGAGCCUACCAACAUGUUAGACGUACGAGCCAUUUUGUGGCUAGAGAAUUACCUGCAGACCUGGCCCUCGACCAUCUUGGUUGUUUCCCAUGACCGAAACUUCUUGAACGCGGUGGCCACAGACAUCAUUCACUUGCAUAGCCAGCGGCUGGAUGGCUAUCGGGGGGAUUUUGAGACCUUUGUCAAGAGCAAGCAAGAGAGGCUGAAGAGUCAGCAGCGGGAGUAUGAGGCCCAGCAGCAGUACCGACAGCACAUCCAGGUUUUCAUUGACCGGUUUCGUUAUAAUGCCAACCGAGCGUCCCAGGUGCAGAGUAAACUCAAAUUGCUAGAGAAGCUGCCAGAGCUGAAGCCUGUGGACAAGGAGGUGGAGGUGGUGAUGAAGUUUCCCGAUGGGUUUGAAAAGUUCUCACCACCUAUUCUGCAGCUCGACGAAGUCGAUUUCUACUACGACCCUCAGCACCCCAUCUUCAGUCGCCUCUCAGUGUCGGCCGACCUGGAGUCUCGAAUCUGUGUGGUUGGAGAGAAUGGAGCAGGGAAGUCCACCAUGCUGAAGCUGUUGAUGGGAGACCUGGCGCCGGUGCGGGGAAUCAGACAUGCCCACAGAAACCUGAAGAUCGGUUACUUCAGCCAGCACCAUGUGGAACAGCUUGACUUGAAUGUCAGCGCCGUGGAGCUGCUGGCUCGCAAGUUCCCUGGGAAGCCCGAGGAGGAGUAUCGCCACCAGCUGGGACGUUACGGCAUCUCCGGGGAGCUGGCCGUCCGCCCUGUUGCUAGCCUGUCUGGAGGGCAGAAAAGCCGGGUGGCCUUCGCGCAGAUGACCAUGCCCUGCCCCAACUUCUACAUUCUGGACGAACCAACCAACCACCUGGACAUGGAAACGAUUGAAGCCUUGGGCCGGGCCCUCAACAGUUUCAGGGGUGGGGUGAUCCUAGUCUCCCAUGAUGAGCGCUUCAUCCGCCUGGUCUGCCAGGAGCUGUGGGUCUGCGAAGGCGGAGGUGUCACCCGGGUCGAGGGGGGCUUUGACCAGUAUCGAGACCUUCUCCAGGAGCAGUUCCGACGGGAAGGUUUCCUCUAAGACCUUCCUUCGGGAAGGCCUGAUCUGGGACCCAGACUGGCAUCUGCAGCAUCCCCGGACAGCAGACUUGCUUCUUAGGCCUGGACCGUGGACUUCCCCCAAACAUGGGGACAGCCUUAUUCCAACUUCUCUUCUCCAUCCCUUGCCCCUUAUAUAUCCUAGGAGGCUCUGAGGAUUUUUCUCUCUGGGGUAGAGAAGGUUCCUGGGGCUCCAGCCCCCCUCCCCUAUCUCUGCCUAGGUCCAACGUGGCCAACGUGUAAAUUAAACCUGCCCCCCAUCUGUCCCCGCCUUGUCUCUGCCCCCAGAGGUGGACUGAUCUGUAUGUUGCCUUUAAGGGAGCUGGGCCCCGUGGAAUGUCUGCUCUCUGGUCUGGAUUUUCCUAACGCUUUUGGCACAGAUUAAGGCAACAGCAGCUGAUGGAUCCCAGCCCGUGCAGGGAUUUCUGGAAACAAAGUCACCCUAGGAGACUGUGGCCUCAGUGAACCCUGGCUGGGCGGGCAGCCACCAGGCCUCUGGAUGAGCUGGAAGUCCCAGGCGGGGCCUUCUCUCUUCUUGGCUGUCUUAGCCUUCCUGGCCAGGACCCCGGGCCCUGGAUCCCCACCCAUCACUCCAGGCUCACUGGGAGGUUAAUUCUCCCACUCCCCUUCCCUGUUGCAGACUUUGAAGGACUGGGCCGGUGCCACAGGCUCUCUGGGUAUGCCCCACAUCAUCCAUCGGGGAGAGCCUUUGCCUUUCUUAAGGAAUGAGCCCCCUUUGGGCUCCACUUCUCCCUCCAUGCACAUUGCACCCGAGGUGGGGACAGACCCUUUGGGCCACCUCACCUCAGCUGGAGUUCAGUGUUAGGAACUCUGGCCCUGUGGAGGCUUAGAUACCAGAAGAGGCCCCUGGGAGUGUCCUGGCCUACAAUGAACCCCAACCAGAAGAGGGGAGGAAGGGAAGGAAGUGGCUUUAGGAGGGUCACAGUUCAUGAUGGCACCUGAUCCAGUAUUUCUCCAGCCUGGGGAACUCUGGUCUAUGUGGUCCACAUUCAGAUGGGACCCAAAGAAAAGCAGUCACUGCACUCCUUCUCUGCAUGACCACCUGGGACAUCUGAAAGCCUGACCUCCUAGCCCUGUCCUCCUCGAGAGGAAGCGGAAAAGCCUUUGUAGAAUUUGGCUUCCAGGCUCCUAUCAAUCCUUUUGACGUGCCAUCUGAGUCUGAGCCUGCCGUGUGGUGGGUCUCAGAAACAUCUGAGACAGACAGGGUGACCUUUGGUGCCUCCCCUCAAGCAGGUGGCCUCAGAGCAGUGUGAACUCCCCGAGUGUCUGCCAGGACCCAUACACGAUGUGCUCCGUACGGAAGGCGCCCUGCUGGUGACUAAUUACUGCUCCACAAACCUGGGGACGUGGCACUGCCUUGGGGAGUGGUAUUCAGAGAGAGACGUGUUCAUUCAACAAAACUGCCCUGGAUGGAACCAGGCCUCUUGGGUGGACGGAUACCUGCCUCGGGGAGAAACCCUAGAAUGUGCAGACGGUGUGAGAGAGCCUGCAAAGAGCAGUGCCAGGAGCUGGAAGGAAGGAACGUCCCAAGCACAUGCAUGUGUCAAAUCUGGAGGAUCCAGAGAGAAUGAUGUAAUAACCCUCCUUGCCCAGCAAUAUUGGAGACAAAGUACAUAUAGGAAGGUCUAGAAUAGAUACAGAGUAACUGGGGGAGGGCACCCAACUGGGAAAAAAAGAAGGCUGACUCCAGAAGGUGAGGUUCCAAGUGGCCUAUUGAAGCAGGCAGAGAUGAGGGAGGAGGGCAAAGGCAUGGGGUGUUGUGUGUGACAAGCAGCCAGGCCAGACUGGCUGGACCAGAAAAUGGGGAAUCAUGUAUGUGAAAGGCUUUGAAAGCCUAGAGAGGGGAGGCUUGCUCCCUAGUGCACCAGGGCGUCUGAGCUCAUGUAGCAGUAGGGGACGAUAAGUCAACUCUGCUGUAAAGAAGGUGAAGGGGAAUUGGCUCAUGCUGCCUAGUUUCAACUGGAGGUAGGGAGGACACCUAAUGUGAUGUCUAAACUAAGAAGUGUUCUAGAUCAUUACUAAUUUGUUCCUGAUUUCAACUCACCAAAAACAAUGAAGAUUUCUCAGAUCAGCAAUUUUGUGGUCUGGGGGAUUCCCAAGAUCCUACUAUGGAGUCUGCACAGCCAAAACUUUUCAUACUAAGAUGUUUUGAUGUCUGAUUUGAUAAGCAUCAAUACACAUGAUGUGAAUAAAUAAAAUCCUCUGGGGGUCCUUUUUAAGAGUGUAAAAGGGUCCUGAGACCAAACAAUUUGAGAAUCACUGCCUUAGAACGUUGAGAUUUCAUCUUUUCCUUGAUCCUGCUCUUCCCUUGUGGCAUAAACAUGAGCUGCCAGGACAGUACAUUUGAAGGCAGAAGUCAAAUUCGUGUCAUUUUUCUAUUUACAUCCAAGAAAUUAAAUUGGUGGUGGUGGUGGUGGUGUGGUAGGAAGGACAAAUUCAACAUCAGAGAGUAUCUGACAUUUACAAAGUACCAGGUACUGUACCAAGGGCUUUAGGAUUGUGUCAUCUAUUCCCAACGAUGACCCUGGGAGACUGGUAGAUGCUGUGGGACUUGGCAGCUCAUUAUUGAAUUUGGUGGUGAAUCCCCUUAUCUCCUCAGGAACGUGGGAGGAGUUGGUUGUAGAGAAGCAGGUUUAGGAAGAAAGACGAAUUCAUGUUGAACUUCGGUAUUCAGCACUAAGGAUGGCAUUCAUACUACAGAGGAUCAGAGCAAAAAUGGCCAACUGGAAAUUGAGUGACAUUAAAGGGCACAAUUCCUUCAUGGGAAUCAUCA